AGAUUUUCUGACAAUAAUCUGUAAAAGGUAUGUAACAAAUUGUUCUAAAAAACAAAAGAGUUUAGCUCAUUUUGUAGAAAGUAAGGCCAAAUAAAUCAUAGAUGUUUAAAGUAUGGACAGCGAACCAGCAUCAGCAUGGGACCUGGAUCUUGGCAUAUUGAUAAAUAUGGUUAAACAAUUUCCAUAUCUCUACAAUUCUCGUCAUGAAAACUUUAAAAAUACAGCAUUAAGAGAGAGGACAUGGUGUAAUAUUGCAGAGAGACUUAAAGUUCCUGUUGGUGAUUGUCAACGAAUUUGGAAAAACUUAAGGGACAAAUGGAGUAAAGAGAAACGAAUAACUAUGCAGAAUCCUGCGAUUUCAUCAGAGUGGGAAUUUUAUGAAGUACUUAAGUUUUUGCAACCUUUCGUUCGAAGACGGCGAAGGGCCAGAUUGAAACCUAAUAGAACCAAUCUUCAGAAUGCAUCAUUAAAAAACGAAAUAGAGGAAACUUUUGAGGAAAGUAUUAAUCCUGACGAUAUAGUUAAAAAAAUGUGGAACAGAAACCUUGGAGUCCAAGUUUGUCCUGAAAAUGUUACAUUUUUAGAAAGUGAAAUGGAAGAGGCUGCAGAAUCUGAAGAAAUAACUCUUGAUUUUGUAGAUGAUCCCCCACCUAAAGAAGAAACUGUUAUUCGGUAUCAAACUUCAGAAGAAGCUUUUGGGGCGUAUGUAGCCUGUCGACUUAUGGACUUCAGUGUAGAAGAAAGACAAACAAAACGAAUAAAAAUAUUUAAAGUUUUAGAAGAUUUGGAAUAAUAUCUGUGAUAAACAAUAUAAAUAUGGUUGUGAAGCUAUUUUUUUGUCGUGUGUUUUGCGAUAUAUGUAUAUAAUCUAUCGACAGUCUUAAAUCGCUCCAGUCUGGAAGUCGUUCUCAAAAUGCAAAUAUUCUAGUGAUAAAUAUUGUUUCUGCUGUUAAGUUAGUGGUAAAUAAAUUAAUUUGACAGUUUAA